ACUACCCUGAUCACCGGUGGCGCCGGCUUUCUCGGCUCACAUCUCUGCGACCGCUUCCUCUCUGAGGGCCAUCGCGUGAUCUGUGUCGACAACUUCGUCACCGGCCGCAAAGGAAAUAUUCAGCACCUUCUGGAACGGGAGGAUUUCCGCUUCCUCGAACACGACGUCUCGAACCCUUUCGAGAUCGACGAGCCGGUGCGCCACGUCUUGCACUUUGCUUCUCCGGCCAGUCCCAUCGACUACCUCGAGCUGCCAAUUCAGACCCUCAAGGUAGGCUCCCUCGGCACCCACAAUACUCUUGGGCUGGCACGGGCUCACGGAGCCAGCUACCUCCUUGCUUCGACUUCGGAAGUCUACGGCGACCCGCUGGUUCACCCCCAACCGGAAACCUAUUGGGGCAACGUCAAUCCCGUCGGCCCCAGAGGGGUCUACGACGAAGCCAAGCGAUUCGCCGAGGCCAUGGUGACGGCAUACCACCGGGUUCACGGACUCGACAUCCGCAUCAUUCGCAUCUUCAAUACCUACGGCCCCCGCAUGCGGCUGCGGGACGGUCGAGUGGUUCCCGCUUUCGUGCAGCAAGCCCUCGAAGGAAGCCCCCUGACCGUUUUCGGCGACGGCCAACAGACCCGCUCCUUUUGCUACGUAUCCGACCUGGUCGAGGGAAUCUUUCGACUUCUCAUGAGCGGAGUCACCGAACCGGUGAAUAUUGGCAACCCUCAGGAAAUGACGAUCCUCGACUUCGCAGAAACCAUCGUCCGGUGUACAGAUUCAUCCAGCGAGGUGAGCUUUCACGACCUGCCUGUGGAUGACCCCAAGACUCGGCAGCCUGACAUCACCAAGGCCCGACAGCUCCUCGGCUGGGAGCCGAAGGUGGGGCUUGCAGAGGGUCUUGGCAAGACGAUUCGUUUCUUCCAAGGGGUCAUCGAGGCGGACAAAUCGGAGACCUCAUGA